AUGCGGGCGGCGGCGCCGGGGCUGAGGCGGGCGGGCGCGUGGAGCGGGGGGGGGGGGGGCACACGACUCUCGGGUGGGCGUCACGUGGCCCGACACGUAGCCGUGAGGCUGAGGGCGCGUGCGCGCGUCGAGGGCUGUGGCCACGCCCCUUCCGAGGGUCGCUCCGCCCUAUCGGGCGGAGAGCGCGCCCAGGGGGAGGGGCGGGCCCGGAGCGCGCCUGCGUGGGGGGCGGGGGGGGAAGGAUGGGAGGGGGGGGAGUGCGCCGCGAGGGCCUCGGGACGGAGGAGCGGGGCGGAACCGUCCUGGCGCGGCGCCCACCUCGCGGGACGGGCGCGCGGGCGGAGGGACCCGGCCGUCGGACCCCAGCUCGGGCGAGCCCGCGUCCCGGCGGUGAUGCUGGUGGGCGGCGGGCCGGGCUGGCGUGGGCGCCCGCGCCGCAGUCUCUCGUCGCCCGCUGCGGGACUCCAGGGAGCUUUCCCCGGGUUGCCAGCCCCCACGCGUGACGGGCCUGGCGUCGCCGGGAGCCGCGAGGCGGACCCCCCCCCAGGACCGUGGGCGGAGACGGGACACGCGUGCGCACCCACGGGCGGGCCCGGCUCCACGCGGCGUGACGCGCGGUUCCGUUAUCCUGCCGGCGGGUUCUGGUGGGAGCGGAGCGGGGCGGAGCGGGGGACCCGAUGGGGGUCAGUGGUGGCGGAGAUGCAGAAGAAGAAGGGAGGCUGCGUGAGGAGCACACGUUCGGAAAGAAGAAGUCAGCGUCUGUUUCUGCGCACUUGGCGGCGGGGGGGGGAGACAAAAAAGCAGUGCGCCAGAAAAAGGGCUUUCUAGGCAGCGUGACGGAGUUCUGCCUUUUACAUUUGUUUGGGAAACAGUUUUCUGAAUUGCAGCAAUGAAGCCCUGUGAUUUACAGGAGCUGUCAGUCAUUAAAUCUGCAUCAUCCAUGUUUUGUUGCGAGUUCUUUAUAACGUGCUCCAUUAAAAUGUAGACAAGAUUAUCAAAUUAGCCGUGUUGAGAGUUGUCACUGGCUAUGAUUUUCUGUGAAUCAUGUCACUGUAUUUUAAAUGUGAACGCUGGACUGGAGGAGCUCUGGUUUCUGGUUCUGGAUUGUCUUCCUGAGAAGCGCAGAUUGCUGUCGUAUUGUCUGUGGUGGCCCUCGAAGCAGAUGACAGAAGAAAUGCAUUUAAAGCCGCCAGUGGUUGGGCUGAGGACAGAAUUCAAGCAGAGCAAUCUGCCUGCCUCCUGGGCAAGAAGUCCUGGGUCCCAUCCCCAGCAUGGCAAAAACAAACAUCUUCAGAUGUCCACUUUUGUACUCCAAAAUCUUUUUUCAGAUAUUUAACUGUUUUCAUUUCCCUUAGAUGUGUAAUACUUAAGGCUGGAAGCCUUAUAUUUGUACAUUUUCCAAAAACAAAUUUCCCACCCAACACAUCAUAACUUUAUAGCGAACCUUGCUAACAAUGGAACACUAAGACCUUUCCUGAAGAAAUCUACUGCAGGCAGAGCAGAAGGACCCCUUGAAGGCGGGAACUGAGCUUUGCUCCUGCUGUUCCCUUCUUUUCUUCACAGGGAGCCCACUUCCAACAGCUACUCUGAGUAUCCUUGUAAGACCACGUAGACAAACUUGAAAUGAGGGGGUUGGGGGAGCAGCUUCCAGGAGCCCAAAAGGUUUCUCUGCCUUCACUACAACAGGGAAAUACAGGUCUGAGAGUUGGCUCCAUGCGUUCAGUAUUUGCAGGGAUUUUUCAGGGCUGGGGAUCAAUUGUUCUACCAAUGAACUGGACCCCCACUCCUUUUUAUUGGGGGGAGGAAGGGUGGUGCACUCGUGUACCAUGUGUGGGGUAAGAGGGUAGCUUUGGGGAAUCUCAUCACCUUCCUCCUGAGAUUUUCCCUGCUGGCUCUCCAGGAGAGCUCACAGGCUUGCAGACAGUACCUUCCACCUUCUGUCUGCUGGGACAAGUACUAAGA